UAAACCUUUUCAUUAUUCUUUAGCUCUCAUUCAAAUACUGUGCCUUCACGCUAAUCCUGAUCUAAAUGCUUUAAGAUAUUUUGUACUCAGUAUAUCGUUUGAGAAGAUCGAAAAUGUGGCGCAAUGCUUUACUUGUUGUGAAUCUAUGUGUUUUUGGCUUUGUUGCUGGCAAAAGCUUUCCAGAGGUGAAUGGUGGAUGGCACAUCCACGUGACACUACACGUGUUUUCCGGUCGGGCAGAUCCCACGUGGACAAUUCCAUACAGUCACGUGGACUACAAAGAAAUCAUUCAGCUUAUGGACACGAAACCUGACAGCCGUCUUUUUAGCAGGCUUGGUUACAAGGGAUUUACAUUGGUGCAUGUGCCGCCGGGACAUUUUGUCACUUCCGGUUCUCAUUACAAUGCAACAGUGACGUCAUAUCCUGAGUUAGAAAUGAAAAUUCUUAUGACGUCACUUGAGAAAAAAGAAGAAAGUGGGGUUGACGAAUACAUAAUUGACCAUACAAAACAAGCGAUAUUAGAGUCACGAAGACAUCGUCGAAGUUCCAACAAUCUUUAUGAUUCCCUUUACCCGGACUACGGUUACGGUGACCUACUUUUCCGCCCGUCCACCGCAGACCCCCUCAACCUCCUGACGGACAACGAUAUGUACAAGCUGAUCAAGCUUCUUGGGGACGAUAAACGUCUAUUGAAUAAAUCGACCACACCCCCGCCAAGCGGCCCAACCCAGUUUGAUCCUCUCAAGUGGAACAAGUACUUUGUGAAGGACCAUAACAAUUGUUAUAACUACGCCAACAACAAAAUAACGGACACGUUUGCUCAGCCAGGACGUGCCGGAAGUUGCGAAAUUGGCACACACCCUACCGGAAAUGACUUCAAGCGGGCCGCUCUAUGUGACGGUCUUAAAGAAAUACUGACCCCUAGAGAUGUGCCCGUUCCUGACAGUGGUUGGAACCUUGUUGCUCUCGUGUUCUGGCCGCCAAAACCAGGAAGCAUGCUGUUCGACUUUCAUUGGUAUAGAUUGGAUGGCAAUUCCCGAUGGUCGCAUAAGCCUGGCCGAACUGUAGCUACGAAUGUGGACGACAGCAAGAAAGCAAUCAGAGACCCGCGAACUGCCGACAGAGGACCAUACACCGAGUUCGUUGCCUUCUUAGAGACUCGCCAAGAUAAAGUGCUCCUAAUCUAACAGAAAAAUCCACCUGAAGCCCUCGGACAUUAUACGGAUUCAAUUAAGCUGAGAAAUAGCACAUGGACAUAAAUUGAUUGGUUUACAGAAAUAUUGGACAAAUAUAAACCAAUCACAAAACAGAAUUACGUCUUUUACCUACAAUAUGACAGUAAAUGAGAUAAUAUCGGAUAGAAAGUGGUAACUUAUUGUCAGGAUUAUGCAAUUAUGGCUAAUAUUAAAUCGAUACCAAUAAACAACUAGAUAUUUUUUAUUAAACCUGCAUUCUCACAGAUUUACCAUUUUUACGACUUUUAUUUUUUGUCUUGGAAAGAACAAAUUUUUGCGUAAAUAUCUGCGAACCAAAGAUAUAAGAUUGCUGACAUAAAAUCAAAUCGCAGAUAUUCAUAUUUCCGUUCGAAAAUUAAUGUUUUGAACUUAAAUAUAAAAACCUGCGAUCUAAUUGUUUUUGACAGCAGUCUUAUUUAUCUGGUUUCCAUGGAUUUUCGCAAAUUUUGGCUCUUUCCAAGCCAAAAAUAAAGAAGUUGACAAAACGUUUAAUCUGUAAGAGUGCAGUUCUAAGUAAAGAUAGUAUAAGUUGUUUGCAGUUGGCUGCAGUUGCUCAAAUCUUGGAUAGUUUAUUCAAUUGGACAGGCAAAAUAAUUUCAUUCAAAUUGUGUGUGUUAGGAAAUGCAAAAUAAGUUGUCAUGUAUUUAGUAUCGUAUUUGUGUUGUUUGGAUUCCAUUUAGUUACGCUUGAUUGUGAGAAUAGCUGAAAGCUGCCAGGAAUCGCUUUAAAUUCCGUUUCCUGGGAUAAAAUCAGUACCGAUAUUCGUUUUUAGAAGUUACGUGAGAGCACCUCGGUUUUGUAGGGGGGGGGGGGGUAUAAAGUUGUAUGAAUUGUUAAAUAAUGUACUGAAAUUUGAGGAACAAGCAAAUUGCCAAUAUACACGAAAACUUAUUGAUUAUAAGGUAGACUCUUGGAUGAGACUAAGACUAAGGAUGAUAAACCGAUUCAAGGGAAAUAGUGCAUACUGUUAUAUAUUUCAUGCUUUCCGUAUGCUUUUAGAAAUUCCAAAUUGAAAUAAAUCUGAUGUUUCUCUUUUUUAAAACAGUGGAAAAACAUUUUAAAACAGUGAAAUAACAUUUUGAUAGUUCACUGUUUUAAAAAAGGAGUUACUUUUUCCUGAUUUGUCUCCCUGUUGUUUUUUUUAAAUUAAACUUUAAUUACCUUUCCUCCCCUGGUGGUAAACUUAUAAAAUACUAGAAAAUAAAACUUUUUUUUCCCACCUAAACGUAGUAGCUGUCUGACCUUCUCAAAUGAGCUGUGAUAAUCGGCACACCUUUCAGUAGCGUUCGUUCAGGGGGAAAUGUCAUGAUCAAUCCGAAGAUAAAACUACGCUGCCAAAAACACGCAAAUAUUUAUGUGAAAAAGAUGCUUUAUGCACACCAAUUAUUUCACAAAAAUCCGAGAAGCUAGAUAUCAUUAAAUAAUUAUUGCAAAGCAAACAAGUUUUUCGGUCAUCAGAAAGUCGCCAUUCGCUAGUCUGAGUCUUUCAGUUCGAUCACACCCAAUCCGACAAAUACAAACUAUUCCUGACGUACAACUUUUCUCAAUAUUGAAAUGUUACAUGUUUUUAAUAAAUUAAAAAGAACAACAA